UAUAAUAUUUUCUUUUGACACAUGCUUACUGGAGUAAGAAAUGGGAGGCAAGGUAGAGUUGAAUAGCAAGUGGAUAAUAGCACCAAAGGAAACUUUGAAGGCAAUAAGGGAGUGGCAAGAGUUCUGGAACGUUCCGAUGUGGCGUCGGGGAUGGAGCAGGUGGGCUGUGAGAGCUGCAGCUUAGAUGAUGGGUGCGGGGAAGGUAUUCAAGGAGAGGGCUCAGCUUGUGCAGAGGCAGAGGCACAUGGCAGGGCCUCGGGUGCCAGGAAGGUGCUGAGUAAUUCCGGGCAGCUGGAUGGUAAUAUUAGGAAGCCAGCCCCCAGCACAGCACUUCACAGCUCACAAAGCACCACCGCUUCUGCUUUCUCAAGGACUCUUCUUAACUGCCAGGCGCAGUGGGCAUUGUUGUCCCCAUUUUUGAGAUGGCAACUGAGGUCAGAGAGUGGAAGAGCCAGAGAAGAGCUGCUGUCUGCCUCAAGAUCCUCGGGCUUCAAAGUCUACUCCACUGUGUCAGAUAUCUUUGGUAGCAAGCAACAGAAAUAUACUUGAAUGUGUCUGAGCAACACAGGUGUUCAUUGGCUCCUAGAAAUAAAAAGUCCAGGGGUGGACAUCAGAUAUGGCUGGAUCCAGGUCCUCACGUGAUGCUAUAGGGAUUCUGGAUUGGUAUUCUCAAUAUUGACAUCGUUUUCAGGCAGGGUCUCUCUAAGAGGCAAUAGAGAUGGCUACAAGCUUCUAGCAGGUACCAAAGAAAUGCACCUCUUUGCUAGAGUUCUAGAAAAAAAAACAAAAAAAAACACCCAGGACUUCUCUUAUUGGCCUUGACUAGGUUGAUGUCCACCCCUGAUCCAAUCACUGUGGCCAGACAGAGGGGGUGCUUGGAUUGGCCAGGCCUGGGUCAGGUGCCCACUCGUGGAGCAGGGCGUGGAGUCGGCUCUGCCCGAAGCAUUAGAGAAUGCUCCAGAUUGGGAGCUCCUCAAAAGGUGGGGCAGGGAGAGAUGCCAGCCAGACAGAAGCAACAGACCCUUCCUCUGCAUCCCCAGGGCCCUGCAAUCUAUGGAGAGCUAGGGAAUUUGGAGGGAUGAGGAGCCUUGCAUCUGGCAAAGGAGUUUGCACUUCGCCUGUGGUUGAGAUGGAGGCACUGGGGAGUGGCGUGGGCAGGGCUGUCUGUGCCGGGCCUUGUGCCGGGGCUGGGGUCACAGACGUGGACCCGACAGUGAGGCGCAGACACAGACCCCCCCUCCUGCGAUCGGAGGUCACAAGGCUUGCGGCCACGCGGGCUCAGCCUUCCUUAAAGCAGGCUUAAAGGGCACCUAUCUGCCCCAACAUCAUUUUAUUUUAAUAGUGAUGUUAUUCAUUUCAAAGUGUGUUAUAAAAAACACACAACCACGGACGUUACUGGAGUUAAGUUUUUAAGUGAGUUCAUUCAUAGAAAAUAUGCUAAGUAAAUAACACAGGGCACACAGUGUACAAAUAGGUGUACAAAAUUUUGUACACAGUGUACAAAAUUUUGAAAGUGAGAAAUUGUGCAACCUCAUGGCUAGUUCAUUCUGGGACCCCCCUCCAUCUCUGGGGCUCUAAAUUCUCUGUCCAUCGCAGCUGUUUAUCGAGUGUUAAUAUGUCAGGGGCCACAUCCAGGGUUUUUUGCAGUUCUCGAAUCCUCACAAGAAUCCUGGACGCAGGCUUUACUGUUGCCACUUUAUAAGGCUCAGAGAGGCAAGGGACUUGCCUGGAGCCACACAGCCUGUGUCCUUCGACACUGCUUCCUUGGUGACUUUGUUAGGAAGGUCAGAGGGAACUAAGGAUGGAGCCAGAGUAGAAUCUGGGGGACCCCAGUAGCGGGGACGGGGAGCUUCCGAUCGUGGGGUCAGGGAUGGUGUCUGGGAAGAGCCGUGCAUGUGAUUGGGUCCUGCAUGGGACACCCCUCUAGCCUCUAGUUCCAGCUACACCCCUGCAUGGGGUGGGGCCUGUCUGUCUGGGUGGACCUGCUGGCCUCUGGCUGGCACCUCCCCAGACACACAGCUGGAAGGUGCAGCAGGCAAGGUGCCAGCCUGGCGGGUCGUUCCCCUGCCGAAGGGUCAAAGGCCACUCUUCCUGGAUACACUCACCCUGCUGCCCAGAGAGCCUCCAUCUCGGCCAGAGUCACGAGUCCAGGCUGCCUUUGUCUGGCAGGCCUGGCUUCCCUGGCGUGCCCCGUGGCGUAAGAAGCCUCUUCUUCGGCUAACCUUAUCCGAGUGCUCGGCAGGGGUCUCCCGUGAGGGCUAGCCUUGGGUGUGUCCCUCCGUAAGAAGCCCAGGGUUGUUUAUGGGAAGGAGAGCUCAAGGUUGCUGCUGUCCAAGCCGUUGCCUUCUUCCCUCCCUCUCUCCCACCUCCAUCCCCCUCUCUCUCUUCCUGGGGUAGAUAAACACCAGUUUGGUCUCAAGUCAGUGGGCCUAGCAAAGGCAGAAGAGCAGCAGUCUCCCCCUCUUCCACCUCCGGCAGGGACUGUGCCCACGCAGGGAGGCAGAGGGAGAAAUGGGGAAGGACCCACAGGGGAAUCACCCACGUCUAAGGGGCAGGAUCGCUCGGGGGCAUCCAUGGGACCCUCACAUUUUUGUUCUUUUGAGACAGAGCCAAGAAUCAGAGGCAAGUCUGCCCAGCAAGGGACAGGGACAAGCGGGAGCCCCCAGGCCUGGGCCACCCUCCCGCAGGCCCCCCGCCGGCCCCCGGAGCCAGCAUGCCCUGUGGCUGGACGGCCCUUCUGCUCCUGCUGGUGCUGCAGGGUGGCUGGGGCUGCCCACCCCUCUUCUGCUACACCGAUUAUCUCCAGACGGUCACCUGCACGCUGGAGAUGUGGACCCUGCACCCCAGCACCCUCACGCUUGCCUGGCAAGACCAGUAUGGAGAACUGGAGGAUGAGGUCACCUCUUGCAGCCUCCACAGGUCCACCCACAACACCACGCAUGCUAAGUACACAUGCCACAUGGAUGUGUUCCGCCUCAUGGCCGACGACAUUUUCAGCGUCAACAUGACAGACCAGGCUGGCAACCACUCCCAGGCGUGCGGCAGCUUCAUCCUGGCGGAGAGCAUCAAGCCAGCUCCCCCUUUCAACGUGACCGUGACCUUGUCGGAACAGUACAACAUCUCCUGGCGCUCCGACUACGAAGACCCCGCGUUCUACGCGCUGCGGGGCAAGCUGCAGUACGAGCUGCAGUACAGGAACCGGGCCGACCCCUGGGCCCUGAGUCCCAGGAGAAAGCUGAUCUCGGUGGACUCGAGAAGUGUCUCCCUCCUCCCGCUGGAGUUCCGCAAAGACUCGAGCUACGAGCUGCAGGUGCGGGCGGGGCCCCGGCCCGGCUCCUCCUUCCGGGGCACCUGGAGCGAGUGGAGCGACCCAGUCAUCUUUCAGACCCAGCCAGAGGAGUCAAAGGAGGCCUGGGACCCUCACCUGCUGCUCCUCCUGCUCCUGCUCGUCGGGGCCUGCAGCCUUGUCGUCUGGAGCCUGAAGUCCCGCCCGUCCUGGAGGCUGUGGGAGAAGGUGUGGCCGGUGCCCAGCCCCGAGCAGUUCUUCCAGGCCCUGUACGACGGCCACAGAGGGGACUUCAAGAAAUGGGUGGGCGCACCUUUCACCGCCUCCAGCCUGGAGCUGGGGCCCCGGAGCCCAGGGCCCCCCUCGUCCCUGGAGGUGUGUAACUGCCGCGAGCGGCCGGCGCCCACCGAGCUGCCAGAGCUGGCAGACCUGCUGGAGUCCGACGGCCUGCCCGAGCCCAGCUGCUGGGGCCCCGCGCCCUCCGCGGCCCGCAGCCCCCGCGGCUCUGCCUGCAGCGAGGAGCGGGACCGGCCGUAUGGCCUGGUGUCCGUGUCCAUUGACACAGUGACGGUGGCGGACGCAGAGGGGCCCGGCUCCUGGCCCUGCAGCUGUGGGGACGACGGCUACCCAGCCCUGGACCUGGAUGCCGGCCUGGAGCCCGGGCCGGGCCUGGAGGGCCCACUGUCCGUCACGAGGACCGCUGUCCUCUCCUGCGGCUGCGUCUCGGCUGGUGGGCCCGGGCUGGCAGGGACCAUGGGCAGCCUCCUGGACAGGCUCCGGCUGCCCCUCGCAGACGAGGAGGGCUGGGCCGUGGGGCCGCCCUGGGGUGACAGGCCGCCCGGAGAGGCCUCGGAGAGUGAGGCGGGCUCGCCCCCCGUCGGCCUGGACAUGGACACCUUUGACAGCGGCUUCGCGGGCUCUGACUGUGGCAGCCCUGUGGAGUGUGACUUUGCUGGCCCCAAGGAUGAAGGGCCCCCCAGGAGCUACCUCCGCCAGUGGGUGGUCAUGGCCCCCCCACUCUCAGGACCUGAGCCGCAGGCCAGCUAAUGAGGCUGACUGGCCGUCCAGAGCUGGCCAGGCCACUGGGCCCCAAGCCAGAGACAUGGUCACCUGGGCUGCAAUGUGAAGAGACCUGCAGCCUUUGGUC